AAUUGAUAAAUGGGAAAAUUCCCCAAAUUCACAUGUAUCGCGUCUCAUCAAAACAAGUGACAUAUGCUGAUUUACCGUAAGCACCAGACUCUCGUAGGCUGGUAACUUACUCGUUAAAGCUUUAUUAAUUGUAACCCCACAAUCUCUCUUUUCUGGGUACAAUAUCUUGCAAGCUUGGUUUCGUAUCGGUCAUGAUGAACAUAGACAUUAGGCACUCUUCUUUAACUUUAUCCAAGUAAAAUUUUGAGCUAACACAUAUGGAACCAAAACUCCCUUUCUGAAAUGGUGCAAGAUUGCUGAUUUCUAUAUUUUGGUUUUUUUUCCUUGCAAGGCAUCACUUCAUUCUCUUCCCUCCCUUUACCUCCACUCAAAAAUGUCAUUUCCACCUUUAUAAAUAUAGUUGCUCAGCACAAAGCUCCGAACAAAUGAGAUCAACGUAAACAGGAAAAGAGAAUUGAGAAGACUUCAGUUAUGGAGAUUAAGGUACAAGGUGAAGAAUCUCAUGAACAUGGAAAACAAAAGGUACCCCUCCUGCAAGAUUUGCCUGAAUCUGAAACAGAAAAGAAAAGCCUCGCACAGAAGGCAAUCAGUCAAACAUUUCAAAGCACAGCACAUUUGGCUAAUCUAUUACCCACAGGAACCGUUCUCGCUUUCCAACUUCUCUCGCCCAUAUUCACAAACCAAGGCAACUGUGACUCGGUCUGUCAGACCAUGACAGCUGUCCUCAUAGUGCUUUGUGGAUUAUCAUGUUUCUUGACGAGCUUCACAGAUAGUUUCAGAGACAAGAAUGGCAACGUCUGUUAUGGUUUUGCCACAUUUUAUGGGUUGUGGGUCAUUGAUGGUUCAGUCACUCCUCCACCAGAAUUUGCCACAAAAUACCAACUGCGUUUUAUAGAUUUCAUGCAUGCAUUCAUGUCAAUACUAGUAUUUGCAGCUGUGGCACUAUUUGAUCAGAAUGUCGUGAGUUGCUUUUACCCAACUCCAUCAGCUCAAGCUCAGGAAAUCCUCACAGCACUGCCAGUUGGUAUAGGCGUUUUCUGCAGUAUGUUGUUUGUUGUCUUUCCUACCACACGUCAUGGAAUUGGCUUCCCCUUGUCUGUUCAGCAAAUUCACUUAUCAGCUCAACCUGAAACAAUUCAAUAGAUUCUUGGACCAUUCUUUCAUCCCAAAAUGCACCUAGAAGCGUACUCCAUGCUCCCUCUUCUGGAAUACA